GAUCAAAGUCCUGCUCAGGCUGGACCCUGGAAAGACUAGCAUACGUUCUGCUUUCAGGCAAAGUAGAAAGACUGAGAGAGAAUUACACUGGCUGCCAAUAAAGAAUAAAGAUGAGGUGGCCUUGGGUAUGGAUAUCUCUAUGCUUGCUCUGUCCAACUGUGGUUCAUGGUGGGAAAGUGCUUGUUUUUCCAGUGGAUGGGAGCCACUGGGUGAACAUGAAGGUCAUUAUAGAGGAACUGCACUCAAGAGGCCACCAGGUUUCUGUUAUGCGACCACUUGACAGCUGGUACAUCAAGGAAACCUCCCCAUUCUAUACUUCAAUUACACUUGAUGUAGAGUCUGGAUUUGAUGAAGAAUUUAUAGGCACAUUUGUGGCCCAGCUGCUGGAAAUCCAAAGGGAAGGGAAGUCUAUCUGGACACGUUGGAAGCUGGAAAUGGAACAAGCAGAAAAGUCAUCUGACCUGAAUGAGAAAACAUGCAAAAUGCUUGAGCAGGUUUUUGAAAACAAAGAUUUGAUACAGUCGCUCCAGGACUCCAAAUAUGACCUUGUCCUCACAGAUCCUGCCAUACCAGGAGGUGUUAUACUCGCCCACUACCUGAGGUUACCUCUCGUUUUCAAUGUCAGAUGGACUAGUCAUGGUGAAGGCCAUUCUUCAAUUGCACCGUCUCCUCUUUCUUAUGUUCCAAUGACAGGGACAGAGCUAUCAGACAAAAUGAGCUUCCUUGAGAGACUUCUUAACGUUGUGAUUUUUGGCUUCACAGAAUAUCAAAUUGCCCGCUAUGUCUUACCAAAUUAUGCUGGCUUGAUUGAAAAAUAUUUAGGUCCAGAUGUAGACUACUUCUCCCUGUUUCAAGCAGCAGACUUGUGGUUGAUGAGAGUGGACUUUGUGUUUGAGUUUCCUCGUCCCACCAUGCCUAAUGUUGUCUACAUGGGAGGGUUCCAGUGUAAACCUGCAAAACCUCUACCUCAACACUUGGAGGAGUUUGUGCAGAGUUCUGGAGAGCAUGGAGUCAUCAUCAUGUCUCUGGGGACUUUAAUUGGAGAACUUCCCCAAGACUUAGCCGAUGAGAUUGCAGCAGCUUUUGCCAAAUUACCUCAGAAAGUCAUCUGGAGGUACAAAGGUAAAAAACCAGCCACUCUGGGCAACAACACUUUGCUAGUUGACUGGAUGCCACAGAAUGACCUUUUAGGACAUUCAAAGAUUAAACUAUUUGUGGCUCAUGGAGGAACAAACGGAGUUCAAGAGGCACUCUACCAUGGAGUUCCUAUACUAGGACUUCCACUGAUUUUUGAUCAACGUGAUAAUGUAUUAAGAAUUGAAGCAAGAGGAGCAGGGAAGAUAAUUGAUAUCUUUACUAUGAAUGAAGACAUCUUCUUUCAGGGUAUUCAGGAAGUCCUGACUGAGCCCUCCUACAGAACGAACAUGCAGAGACUCUCCAGGCUGCACAGAGAUCAACCAAUGAAGCCACUGGAUAAUGCCCUCUUCUGGAUAGAGUUUGUCAUGAGACACAAAGGUGCAGCUCACCUAAGAACAGAGUCCUACAGACUGCCCUGGUAUUCCUACCACUCUGUAGAUGUGAUGCUACUCUUAUUUGCAGUUCUGCUGAUUGUUCUGGCUACCACUGCUGCCUUGAUAAGGUGUUUAUGCUGUAAACUCUGUCAGAGAACAAAAGGUAAACGUGAUUUUAAAAAAUCAAAGUAGGAAUGAAACUUAAACUUUAACCACAAAUAUGCUUAUUAAAUGUAAUUUCAAUGUGUGAAAUGUGAAAUUGUUGGCUUAGUUAUGUGUAUUGUAAUUUGACUGGCAUAAUAGAAAUACAUUUCCAAUGAAUAGCAAAAGUUGUUGUCUUGAAGUAUUGGUCUGAUUCUAGUUAAAAAAAAAAAAAAAAUCUAAAUCUAAAUCAUUCUGUGCUUCAUUAUUAUGUAUUUUAGCCACACGAAAGAACAGAUAAGGCUGAUUAUAUUUGACUCACUAUAUUCUUAGACUAUAGUAAUUUCACAUACCCAGUACUCUGGGUAAACAAGCAUGUCAUUUCCUUAUAAGCUGGCAAGUGCAUUUUAAAAACAAAUGUAUUAAUGGUUUCACAACCACAUUCAAUACAAUUUGAAUAUGUGACCCCUUGUUCUGUGUAACCUCAGAUCAGAGUCCACUUUAACCUCUGUACAGUAGCAUUUUUACUUUAGAGGGAGCUAAAUAAAAGCCUUUUUAAAUUUUCAAAA